AUGUCACAGGUGAAAGCGAACAAGUCACUUGUCGCUACCGCUACUUUUCACCUCGGCCGCUACGCACUGAGGGAUUACAAUGAGCCCCCCAACUUCUUCCUGAUCUACACCCAACGUUCUAACUCCACUCAACUUAUCCCUAUAGCGCCCUUCAACUCCUCCCAUAACAUGCGUCCAGAAGCCUACCGCCACCACCCCAACGAUCCGCACUUCAUCCACACGGAGCGAGUGCCCGCCUGCGACCACUGUAUCUACUUCAAAGGUAUCGUGUACCGCUCUCUCGCUCGCCAACACCUCACCAGCGACGACUUACUAGUCACACGCUACGACAAAAUGGCCAACGAACCGCGAUCCUUGCAGUCUGUUGCACUCAAAGAGGAAGCCAUCGAAAGACGCGAACACGCGAAGUACGUGGCAUGGAGCCGGUCUCUAGCUGCUGUUAGUAUCGAAGCACAAGCAAGAGAGGCCGAGAAAAUGGCGAAGAGCGUGGGCUUGUACACCGUGGCGAGCGAUACGUUGAUGCAGUGGAUCGACACGAGUACGAAAGAAGAGCUGCUGGCGUGGUUGGAGAAGAAUGGUGAUGAGCGUGACAAUAUGGACACCUUACGCCAUGAGGGCAUUUUCGAUCUGCGCGAGUACUUUCUUAAUCGUUGUGACGCAAAGAGAGCAAUAAGAAAGAAAGCAACAAAGAAGAGCCCUGCCAAAGCCAAAGACCUCUCUGUCCGCGCCGACUCAACUCAACCUGUUGUCAAGAAACCUGAUCCACGCCGCGACGCGAUCGAGCAACGUCUCCAAGCGCACAAAAGCCUCAAGCCACCUCAAGCAGCAUUGCGCGAACGCGAUGAGCUGAGGCGAUGGUAUGAUAGCAAGAAGGCGCAUGAUUUGAAGGACGAGCUGAGGGAGAGGGGUAUUCGGCCGGUGCCGAGUAAGAAGGUGGAUAUGAUUGUAUUGUUGGUUGAGGAUGACAAGAAUGGAUCAUAGAUAUGCGCACAAGGGUCGAAGCAUAAGGAGGCUGGCAAGAUAUUAGUUGAGAGGACGACUUGCAACAUACCAUGAUCAUGCAUGCUGCUUUGUGAUACUUCCUGCGUGAUAGAAUCCAUGUGGCUAUCAUCGACCGUUGGGGGUUCGUUACCAGUUUUGAAAAGACCUGAGGCGCACUUGGUCGUUGGCGUGGGUGGUGCUUGCCUGUGUAACUUGUUGCCUCGUGCUGAGGAGCAACUUCCAAAGCAAAGACAGUCUUGACAUUCACCACACUUACCACAACCUUAGCCUGACCAAAACUUCUCCGCGCAUCGCUCGAGGCCA